AUGUUUGUCUAUCUCAGCAAAAAGGUACCCGCCACAUAGGUUGCUCUUCCUAAUGAAGCAAACAUCAUUAAAUCUCUCGCCUGGAACCAAGAUGAAGGGUGAAUUGCAUGUGGAGGCAAAGAUGGCCUUCUUAAAAUAAUCAAGCUCGACCCUCCUACAGUUGUAACCCCAGGCCAGCCUCCCCAAUCCAACCUUUCAAUGAACCAAACCUUAGAAGGCCACCACAGCGACGUUACCGUUGUGACCUGGAACGAGCCUUUCAAAAAGUUAAGUACCUCAGACAAAGACGGCCUCAUCAUCGUCUGAAUUCUCCAUCGUCAAAUGUGGCUUGAAGAAAUGAUAAACAAUCGUAACAAAAGCACCGUCGCUGAUAUGAAAUGAACCUCAGAUGGACAAAAAAUCUGCAUUGCAUAUGAGGAUGGAAAUGUUAUCAUGGGAAGUGUCGAAGGCAACCGCAUUUGGGGCAAAGAUCUGCCUCAUCAGCUUACACAUUUGGAAUGGUCGCCUGAUUCAAAAGUCAUUGUCUUUGGAACCCCGGGAGGAGAGGUGCAUAUUUAUGAUAGCAAUGGAAACCAUUUAAAUCCGCUGAAUGUGAAAUGCUUAAAAGAUUACCGCGGGGCAAGUAAAAAUAUUGCAUGCAUAGCUUGGUAUAGUGGAGGAAGGGCUAAAGGCCUGGCAACUGAUGACUUUGCAGCUCCUUCGCUGUGUAUUGCAUAUGAAUGUGGAAGAAUCCAGCUUAUGAGGCAUGAAAAUGAUGAUCAUCCAAUUCUAAUAGAAUCAGGAAUGAUAGUCAGCACCGCAAGCUGGAAUAAUACAGGAUCUAUAUUAGCGCUUUCUGGAAGCCAACAAGGCAUUGGAGGGAUUGUCCAGUUUUAUACCUCGCUUGGAAUACAUGUGAGAACUCUGACCGUUCCUGACUCUGAAACUGUGAGCUCUGUAUCGUGGGAAGGGACUGGGCUGAGACUUUGCCUUUCUGUAAGCUCAGUUAUUUAUUUCGCAAAUAUCAAGCCUGACUAUAAAUGGGCGUUCUUUAACAACACUUGUGUAUAUGCUUAUAUGAAGCAGGACAGGCCUGACUAUUGCAUAGUAUUUUGGAACACAAAUACAGAUGAAAGAUAUAUAAAAUACGUCAAGAAAUUGAUGAAUAUCGCAGGAUGUGGAGAUUACUGUGUUUUAGCUACAAAAGCUGAAGAUUCUAAUACGAUAUGGGUUCUUAUUCUCUGCAAUGCUAUCGGAAGCCCAGUUGAUACAAAAAAUAUCAACAUUGAGCCUUUAUUUGUGUCAAUGAAUAAAACCCAUGUAGUCGUCUGCAGCUCAGAAAGCAUAUAUGUGUGGCAAUAUCGCUCACAAGUAAGCAGACUGCUGUCAAUGGACUCCACAAAGAGAAAAAUUGGAAGAGAGCUAGGGUUCAAUAUAGACGAACAGCCUGAUUUGAAUAGUAUUUAUGAUCCUAAUAGAUUUAGCAAGCCAACAAGAGCAGUUCAAGACCCCAUUGCAUGUGUAACAGCUAGCGAUGGCUUUUUCUUAGUAGGAAGAGUUAGCGGGACAGUCCACAAAUACACGAUUCCUCAUGUUUCUCUUGAAACUAGAUAUGUCCUCAAAUGCAGACCUCAAAUGAUAAACGCAAACUGCAGCGCUACUAAGCUUUCUAUUAUAGACAUCAACGGAAUUCUGACAUUCUAUGACACAAAUGCAGCAGGAAACCUAACUGGAGCAAAAGGAAGUCAGCUAGACAUUGAAAGAAAAGACGUCUGGGAUAUGAAAUGGAGCACAGAUAACCCAGAACUAAUAGUAAUCAUGGAAAAAACUCGCAUGUAUGUUAUGAUGGGAAAUGAAGUAGAAGACCCAGUGAUUAGUUCAGCUUAUCUCUGUGAGUUCAAAGACCUUGAAAUCAAAACAAUUUUGCUUGAUGAACUUUUCAAAACCCCAGAUGCCCCUAAACCUUCAGAAGAGCUCGUAGUUACUUUUGAAACUAAAUCUCUUAAAGAAACAAGAGAAAUGGUCAGCAACAUUGACAUUGUCGACGCCUUUAACAAUGUAGAAAAAAACCCUUAUCCUAGGCUUUAUAAAAUCGUGGCUGAAGCUGCCCUAUUAAAGCUGAAUUUUGAUAUAGCUCAAAAAGCGUUCGUCAAAUGUGACGAUUAUCAAGGAAUCUGCUAUGUAAACCGUGUCAAAAAAUUAGAUGACCCUCAGAAGCAAAAAGCAGAAAUUGCAAUUUAUUUUAAAGAUUUUGAUGAGGCUGAAGAAAUUUAUAAGAAAAUUGAUAGAAAAGAUCUAGCUCUAGAUAUGAGGGUUAGGAGUGGAGAUUGGGUCAAAGUACUGCAGCUUGUGGAUCAAGGGGUAGGAAAUGAUGAGCUUAUAAAUAUAGCAUAUAAUAAUAUAGGAGAUUACUACGCAGAAAGAUUCAGAUGGAAAAGUGCAGCCUCUCACUAUGCUUUGGCUCAAAAUAACGAGUCUUUAGCUGAAGCUUAUUAUAAAAUAGAAGACUUUGAUAGUUUAUCUAAAAUGAUUGACAUUUUGCCUGAAGGGUCUCCUUUGUUAGAAAAUUUAGGAGAAAAAUUCCAAGGGGUUGGGCUGUGUGAAGAAGCUGUCCAAUCUUACAUAAGAUCCGGAAACGUCAGAGCUGCAGUUGAUUGCUGUGUGCUGUUAAAUCAAUGAAAUCAAGCUGUAGAACUUGCAGAAAAACACAAUUUUGUCCAAAUAGAAGGGCUGCUGUCAAGAUAUGCUAGUGUUUUGAUGGAAGAAAAUAAAACCGUAGAAGCUAUUCAACUAUAUAGGAAAGCUAAUAGAAAUACAGAAGCAGCUAAAAUCUUGAAUAAUAUUGCAAAAGACUUAUCAAGAUCCCAAGCCAGCCCUAUAAUGAUGAAAAAAAUCUAUAUUUUGGCUGCUUUAGAAGUAGACUCCUAUAAGAAAAGAAUAUUAGAAGCCCAGAUAACGGGUACUGGGACUACAGCUCAAACUCUUGACUCAUUAAUUACAAGUGACAUCAACACUAUGAGUGAUAAAACUCUUGACAACCCCUGGAGAGGUGCAGAAGCCUACCAUUUCUAUCUAAUGGCUCAAAGGCAGCUCUAUGAAGGAGACUAUGAAGCUGCACUUAAGACAUCUCUGCGUCUAACUCCCCCCCUCCGUGAGUGAACAAAAAAAUUUUGUUCACUCACAAAGGGGGUUAUUUUUUUUUUUUAUAAAAAAUAUUUUUUUUCGAAAUUUAAAAAAAUCCUAAUUCACAAAAAUUGCAACGCAAAUAUUAAUUUAAUUUAUAAAAUUUAUGUUUUAAAUAGCAAUUCGUUUAAAAUUAAACAGAAUUAGCUCUAGAUUUCAUUAUAUUAAUUAUCAUUUAUAUAUCAAUUUUUUUUUCAUAAAAAAUUUUUGUUCACUCACGGAGGGUUUUUGGGCAAAAAAUAGUGAUUUUUCUAAUGGUUUUGUUCACUCACGGAGGGGGGGAAGUAAGCGAAUAUGAAAAUAUUUUAGAAACGCGUGAUAUUUAUUCUCUUAUUGCUUUAGCUGCUUAUUAUUCUGGAUACUAUAAAGAGUGCUCAAAAGCUUUAGUUAAGCUUGAAAACAUUCAAGGGCAGUCUGAAGAAGAUAAAGAAGCCUAUGAAGAAUUAGCCGUUUCCAUUUUUUCAAAAAAUCCGCCUAGAGACCCUAAGCCAAGGAUGGUGAAAUGCCCUGGGAAAAAUUGUGCAAAUAAUGUCUCUGAUAUUGUGACGAACUGUAGCGAGUGCGGAUCAAACUUCCCUGCUUGUAUGGUUAGUGGAAGACCAAUUAUGGAAAAAAAUUAUGUGCAGUGCAAAACAUGCAAGCAUAAGGCUAUUGAAGAUGAGCUAAAGAGGAUCAGAGUGAAGUUCUGUCCAUUGUGCCAUGCUCCGAUGAAAUUAAGAAACUCUUAG